AAAUUAAAGAGUAUGUGCUCAAAUGGAUUUUAAGCUGCGUAGCGCUAUUUUUGAGUUGCUUAUAAACUUAUAUAAACAAUUUAAAGCAUCAAAAACGACUGCAAAUAUUUAAAAAGCGCUGCGCAGCAAUAGCAAUACAAAGAUACAGUUUUAUUGCAAAAAACGCUAAAUGCGGUAACCCUGCAUACAACCCUAAAAAAAAUAAACAAUCCCAUUAGUUGGCAGUUAGAGCAGUAUGAAGAGUUUGGACGAAAUUAAAUUGGAAUAUCCGCUGCACUGGCAGAUUUGGAACGGAAAUGUGAAGCAACUGGAGCAAGAAUUACAAUUGGAGAAGAUUGAUAAGGAAAAAAUCGAUGUACGCGGCCGCACACCUUUGAUGCUGGCAGUGCGUUUGGCGAAUCUACAAUGUGUAAAGUGCCUUUUAGCAUCCAAAUGCAAUGCAACCUAUGAGCAUGCCGGCUGGUCAAUUGUGCAAGAAGCUGUUUGCACUGGUGAUGAGGAUAUACUGACUGCCAUUAUUGAGGUACGCGACUUGCAGCGUCAUGUGCAGCGUGUCACACAUGUGCCUAAGCUGUUGCAACAUCUACUAGAUGCGCCCGAUUUUUAUAUAGAAAUGAAAUGGGAGUUUACUUCGUGGGUGCCCCUGAUGUCGCGUCUCUGUCCCAGCGAUACCUACAAGGUAUAUAAACGCGGAGCCAAUGUGCGCAUCGAUACCACGCUGAUUGGUUUUGAUAACAACAGCUGGCAGCGUGGCAAUCGUUCCUACAUCUUUAAAGGCGGCAAGGAAACUGCUACCAUGAUUGAGAUUGAUCAUGACACACAUGAAGUGAUGGUGGAGCAGAUGAGCAGCGAUGUUGGCGAUGUAGUAGCCAUACCACCAGCUCUAGGAACUGUGCGUGCUCGUCUAGCUGCUCCUGUUAUUACCAACAACAUUGAAAUGGAGAAGAUAAGCUUUGAGCGCAACAAAUCUGGCAUUUGGGGCUGGCGCAGCGAAAAGUCUGAGCUAAUCAAUGGCUACAAUUGCAAAGUCUACGGUGCUAGUAAUGUUGAGUUUGUCACAAAGACACGUAUGGAUCAUCUAAGCGAGGAGCAAAUAAAAUUGAAUUUUUUGCAGAAUAAGACAGCCCGCACGCCACUGCACAGUCUGCUAGGCAUUGGGGAUGAGGAAUACACAGACACAGCUGGUUCUAUUAAGGAGCGCCAGACACCUUCUCCACGCUCGGAAGCCGCUGCUGCAGGUUUUAUUGAGAAUGGCGGCCGCACGUCACCCGCUGUGGUCGCUGAGAGCAAUGGUAGCUCAGCUUGUGGCUCAGGCGCCAGCACGCCACUUUCCAUGAUCACGCCCGAGGAGUACUUUAGUGCUGAUGUGAAUCUGCAUGGGCGCGAUAUUGGCAAACCAAAGAAUGAAAGCACAAAGGUGCAACGCUUUAAGGCCAAUCUUUGGCUGGCCGAGGAGCAUCCCAUACGGCUGCAAGAGCAAGUACUGCCCAUAUUGGAUUUAAUGUCUACUAUGGCCAGUCCGCAUGUCUCUAAGCUGAAAGACUUUAUAACCAUGCAACUGCCAUCCGGUUUUCCAGUCAAAGUUGAAAUACCGCUCUUCCAUGUGCUCAAUGCCUGCAUUACUUUUGGCAACGUUUUUGCCAUGACCAGUCCAGUGGACAAUGUGUCCACGCUGCAAGAGGAGGAUCGCGUUACCUGCUUGGUAGACGAUCGCUGCUUUGAUAUACCCGGCAAUUAUGUAAGUCGUGGUGGCGAUGCUCGGCGCCAAAUGCCCUUGGAUGAGGACGAUAUGCUGCAAUAUGCUAUUGAGCAAAGUCUGGCCGAGACCGGUAACGCUGGCGGUGCCUGUGGUCUGGAUCAGGACACCGACAAAGUUGAUAUAUGGGAGGUGUUGCGCGGUCAGCAUGCCACGGGCACUGAACUCUUGCCUGAGGAUGAUGAACAGCUGCAGCGCGUGCUGCAAGAGUCGAUGUUGGGUGCUCAUGGUACCAGCGGUUCGCCUGUCUCUGAGGAUGAUGAUGAUGGCGGCUUUCGUUACAUGGACUCGGAUCUAGCAAUGGCCAUGCGUCUCUCGCAGCAGGACCAACAUAAAUACGAGCUGGAGAGGCAGCGUGAGCAGGAGAUGAUUGAGCAGGCACUCAAGCUUAGCCUGGAGGAGCAUUAACCAAACCCACAGCGGCAAAUCAAUCAAUCAAUCAAUGAGUCAACUUUAAGUCUACCGCUUAUCAUAGUCAAGCGAAUGAUCAUUUUUUUUUAUAUAGCUCCACUUUGUCGAUACCAAAAUUCUAAAAUUGUUUAUAAAUCUA